AAUAAAAAUCAAAGAAACCCAACAAAAAAACAAACGCAUCAUUACAAAUCUUUUUUUCCACCUUAUAUUUACACACACUUCUCUUCUUUCCCUUUAAUCAUACAAACAACACCAAGAGAGAAAGAAAGAAAAAAAACCACCAAAAACUUCCUAAAAAUAAACAAAUGGAUACUACUAACAAAGCAAUAAAGCUUAAAGUUAUGAACCACCAACUCGUUGAAGGCCAUGAGUUAGCCACUAAGCUUCAGCAACUCCUCUCUCAACCCGGGUUGGGUCAGGGUUCAGCGGAGGAUUUAGCGGCUAAAAUCUUAGAGACUUUUAACAAGGCUAUCUCCAUUCUUGAUUCCAUCGAACACCUCUCCUCCUCCUCCUCCUCCUCUCUUGCCGCCGUUGAGGGCUCUCAAAAUGCUUCAUGCGACAACGACGGCAAGUUUGAAGAUUCCGGAGAUAGUCGGAAAAGAUUGGGACCCGUUAAGGGUAAAAGAGGAUGCUACAAAAGAAAGAAGAGAUCCGAGACGUGGACUACACAGUCGCCUAUACUUGAGGACACAUUUUUUUGGAGGAAAUAUGGACAGAAGGAGAUUCUUAAUGCCAAAUUCCCAAGAAGUUACUUUAGGUGCACACACAAGUACACUCAAGGGUGCAAGGCAACAAAGCAAGUCCAGAAGGUGGAGCUCGAACCAGGGAUGUUCAGCAUCACAUACAUGGGAAGCCACACGUGCAACACCAACGCAGCAAUACCCAAGGUCAACGCUUGUGAUAAUCAUCAUGAUGAGAUCACCAUGGAUAUGGAAGAGCACAAGAGUCCUAGUUUGACGACCUCGAUGAAGGAGGAAGAAGAGAAUCAUCGUCAUCAUGGUUCGUCCACGGGGAAUAACUUGGUGUGGCCUGAAAUAGUGUUCGAAGAGGAUCAUCAUCAUCAUCAUCAUCAUCAGGCCAUUUACGUUAGUGGGGACACUAGUACAUCUAUCAAUGUUUUGGGUUCUCAGGAGCUCAUGAUGUUUGGAGAUGGCGGCGAUUUCGAGUUCAGCGACAAUGAGCACUACGCUAUCUUCAAUUCAUGUUCGAAUCUAUCUUGAGUUUACACUACUAUAGACUAAGGCCAUGAGUUAAUCAUUAGGCUUGUAGAAUGGAAAACGCAUAUAUAUUUUGUCCUCGUCUCCAAUGAGUGUCUCUGUACUGUACAUAUAGUAUUAUAAAUAACAAUCCUUCUCUUUUGCAA